AAAACUUUGUUAUUUUUUGGCGACGAAAAAUAUAAACAAUGGGAAGUCCGGAAUUACCCACAGAUCCUGGUCAAGAGGUAUUCCCAACGCCAGUGGUGGAUCAUCCACGAAAUGGCGUGGAGAGCGAGGAGGAUGACGACUCCGAUGCCUACGAUGGCUACCAACCACUGGCCUUGGAAGAGGAUCUCAAUGGAAUACCCAUGGAUGCCGAGGAUUCGAUUCCCAGGGAACCGGAGGCUACAUCUGAGGAAAACGAUGAGGAUGUUGAUUUGAUGACAGCUCCAGUCACUCAUGGUGACCCCAAUAUGCCGCCAAUUGAGCCGGCGGAUGUGGAAAUCGAGCGACAAGUGUGGAGCGAACCCAGACCCAGGGAACUUCAAAUGGAAUUGGAUAAAACGCGAACGGAACAGAUCCUCAAAGCCAUGUCCACGAUAACCUUGCCCAACAUCACGGUACCGGAUUGGGCCAAAGGAGUGCCCGAAGAGCGCUGGAAACACGAACUGCUGGACCGCAUUAACAACCGCCAAUCUGCAGCAGAAGCAUCCUCGUCGGCGCAGAAUCCACAGCAUUCCAAGGCCAAGAAAGAUUAGCGGGUUUAUAAUGUGUAUUUAGAAAAAACGUUCGCUCCAAUAUAUGAUUAAUUUAGAA